CUUCUAUUAUCAUUUUUUCUUGCUUGCAAAGAAAAACAAACAAAAAUAAACAUAUACACAUAUACACACACAUACAUAUUCAUACAAAUCAAUUAGACACCAUGGAUCUUCAACAUCUUCUUUGUAACGCUACUACAUCUGAGAGCUAUCCAUAUAAACCCGAAUUACAGUAUGAAAAGCAAGAAUUUGAAUACUAUCCUUCACCAGAUCAAUUAUGGUCAAGCGCUUCUUCUAUCUCCUCUGUAUCUGAAUCUUCUUCAGCUACUGUUGCUUCCUUGUCACCCAUUUCAUCUCCAUCAAUGGUUUCCCGCAUCAAUCACUCCACAAACAAGCAUCAUCAAACACGCACACCAUGGACAUCCUCCGAAGAUUUUCUACUUGAAAAGGGCUAUUUGCAAGGUUUAUCUUGGGCAAUGAUCUCUGCAAAGUAUUUACCUCAUAGAUCCCGUGGAUGCUGUUGGGGCCGCUUCAAAACACUCCAAACAAAGUCUACCGACAAAAAGAACUGGUCAGAAUACGAAGACCGCAUUCUGUUAGAAUCUAUCAAGAAGCAUGAAAGACUUUUCAAGCAAGCUUGGAGAGCAGUUUCACUUGAUUUGAAAGAGAGAGACUGGAAAGAAUGCGAACUCAGAUCAACACGUAUUUCUGGUUUGAUGCUAGCUCAGCGAAAGCGUAGAUCUCAUGCUUAAUCCCAUCAUUGUAAAUAGCCACCACGAGUCAACUUAUAUAUGCACAUAAUCGGUUUUUUCUUUUAUCUUCCUUUUUACUAUUUUGCAUGCAAUGUAAAGAAAAAACACUCUUUAAUAUCAAUCAAAAAGCAAGUUGCUGUUUAUGAAAAAUCUAAUUAUCAUUAUUUAUGUAAUUGACAUUUAUUUUCGUUUAUUUAUUUAUGCUCAAACACCUUUUGUA